GAAAAAUGUCAAAUCAUCAUCAAGACACGGCGGGUGCGCAGCCGCAUUCGUCGCAGAUGAGGAGAGCGCCGUCGAGAAGCGCGGUGACGACGUUCUCGACGGAAGUAUUCGACAACGAAGUCGUGCCUUCCUCACUCGCAUCCAUCUCACCUAUUCUUAGAGUUGCUAACGAGAUCGAAACCGAGCGUCCUAGAGUUUCCUAUCUAUGUAGGUUUUACGCCUUUGAGAAAGCGCACAGGUUGGAUCAGAGUUCUAGCGGGCGUGGUGUGAGGCAGUUUAAGACAUUGUUGCUGCAGCGAUUGGAGAGGGACAAUGCAACUAGUCUUGCCUCUCGGCUUAAGAAAACAGACGCGAGGGAAAUCCAGGCUUAUUAUCAGCAAUACUAUCAACAAUAUGUCAGAGCUCUUGACCAAGCGGAUCAGGCAGACAGAAGCCAGCUCAGCAAAGCUUACCAGACUGCUGGGGUGCUUUUUGAAGUGCUUUGUGCCGUUAAUAAGACUGAGAAGGUCGAAGAAGUAGCUCCCGAGAUUAUCGCGGCUGCUAGAGAUGUCCAGGAAAAAACGGAGAUUUAUACACCUUAUAAUAUUCUUCCUCUAGAUUCUGCUGGGGUUUCUCUGCCCAUUAUGCAGUUUGAAGAGAUUAGGGCUGCUGUUUCUGCACUCUGGAACACUCGUGGCUUGAACUGGCCUAGCUCAUUUGAACAACAGAGGCAGAGAGCUGGAGAUUUAGACAUGCUUGAUUGGCUUAGAGCAAUGUUUGGUUUCCAGAAGGACAACGUGAGGAAUCAAAGAGAGCAUUUGAUUCUGCUACUUGCUAACUCUCAUAUAAGGCUACACCCUAAACCCGAGCCUUUUAACAAGCUCGAUGAUCGUGCUGUUGAUUCUCUAACGAGAGAUCUCUUUAAGAAUUACAAAACAUGGUGCAAAUUCUUGGGACGAAAGCAUAGUUUGCGACUGCCUCAAGGUCAAGCAGACAUACAACAAAGGAAGUUGCUUUAUAUGGGAUUGUAUCUUCUCAUUUGGGGUGAAGCAUCAAAUGUUCGCUUCUUGCCAGAGUGUCUAUGUUACAUAUUUCACAACAUGGCAUAUGAACUGCACGGUUUAUUGGCUGGAAAUGUCAGCAUUGUCACUGGUGAAAAUAUCAAGCCUUCUUAUGGUGGGGAUGAUGAGGCAUUCCUACGAAAGGUUAUCACACCUCUAUACCGAGUAAUCGUAAAGGAAGCUAAGAACAGCAAAAAUGGAAAGGCUAAACACUCAGCAUGGUGCAACUAUGAUGAUCUAAAUGAGUAUUUCUGGUCACUUGAUUGCUUUUCUCUUGGAUGGCCGAUGCGUGAUGAUGGCGAUUUUUUUAAAUCCGCAAGUGAUUUGCCACAGGGAAGAAAGAGUGCACCAAAAAAAUCCAGGAAACUUGGCAAAUCAUAUUUUGUUGAAACACGAACUUCCUGGCACAUCUUCCGAAGUUUUGAUCGUCUCUGGACCUUUUUUAUACUGGGUUUGCAGGUGAUGUUUAUAGUUGCAUGGGAUGGGACUUCACUGGUGGAUAUCUUUCAGAAGGAUGUUUUAUAUAAUCUGUCCAGUAUAUUCAUCACAGCAUCCAUUCUGCGCUUACUUCAAAGUAUCUUGGACCUGGUCCUGAACUUUCCAGGCUAUCAUCGAUGGAAAUUCACCGAUGUGCUAAGAAAUGUUCUUAAAGUCAUUGUGUGCUGUAUAUGGGUUAUCAUUCUUCCACUCUUCUAUGUACAUUCCUUCAAGGGUGGAUCUGAGGGUCUCAAGGAUUUGCUUUCUUUUUUCCAUCAAAUAAAAGGCAUUCCACCAUUUUACCUGCUGGCAGUUGCAUUGUAUAUGCUACCAAAUUUAUUAGCAGCUGCUCUCUUUCUUUUCCCAAUGCUAAGGCGCUGGAUUGAAAAUUCAGACUGGCAUAUAGUUAGAUUCUUCUUAUGGUGGUCUCAGCCAAGAAUCUAUGUUGGAAGAGGAAUGCAUGAAAGUCAAUUUGCUCUUCUGAAGUAUACUAUUUUCUGGGUGUUGCUUUUGGCUUCAAAAUUUUUAUUCAGCUUUUAUGUCCAGAUAAAACCGCUAGUUAGGCCAACAAAGGACAUAAUGAGCAUUCAACAUGUUAGUUAUGCUUGGCAUGAGUUUUUCCCCAAUGCUCAAAACAACUAUUGUGCAGUUAUUGCACUCUGGGCUCCUGUACUUCUGGUUUAUUUCAUGGACACUCAAAUUUGGUAUGCAAUAUUCUCGACUUUGUACGGUGGCAUUGUUGGAGCCUUUGAUCGUCUAGGAGAGAUACGCACUCUGAGCAUGCUAAGAUCACGGUUUCAGUCAUUGCCUGGUGUAUUCAACACAUGCCUGGUUCCUUCUAACAAGAAAAAAGGAAGAUUCUCCUUCUCAAAGCAAUUUUCUGAGAAUUCUGCAAGCAGAAGGAGUGAAGCCGCCAAAUUUGGCCAAUUAUGGAAUGAAAUUAUUUGCUGUUUUCGUGAGGAAGAUCUCAUAAGUGAUAGGGAGAUGGAUCUUUUGCUGGUUCCUUACUCAUUGGGUCCUGAUCUCAAAAUAAUUCAGUGGCCACCAUUUUUACUUGCAAGCAAGAUUCCUGUAGCACUGGAUAUGGCAACUCAAUUUCGAGGGAGGGACUCCGAUCUUUGGAAGCGCAUAUGUGCAGAUGAAUAUAUGAAAUGUGCUGUGAUUGAAUGCUAUGAAUCUUUUAAACAAAUUCUACAUGAUUUAAUAAUAGGAGAAACUGAAAAAAGGAUAAUUUCCAUCAUUGUUAAAGGAGUCGAGAGCAACAUGUCAAAGAAUACACUCACUACAAAUUUCCGGAUGGGCUUUUUACCCUCCCUUUGUAAGAAGUUUGUGGAGCUUGUGGAACUCUUAAAAGAUGCAGAUCCAUCCAAGCGAGGUACAGUGGUGGUUUUGCUUCAAGAUAUGUUAGAAGUGGUUACUGAUAUGAUGGUAAAUGAAAUCAGUGAAUUGGCAGAACUUAAUCAAAUUAGUAAGGAUACUGGAGAGGAAGUUUUUGCUGGUACUGAGGCAAUGCCUGCUAUAGCAUUCCCUCCUGUGGUUACAGCACAAUGGGAGGAACAGUUAAGACGUCUUUAUCUACUCUUGACAGUGAAGGAAUCAGCCAUUGAGGUUCCAACCAAUAGUGAAGUACGCAGAAGGAUUGCAUUCUUUACCAAUUCAUUGUUCAUGGAUAUGCCACGUGCUCCCCGCAUCCGUAAAAUGCUCUCAUUCAGUGUCUUAACUCCAUACUACAGCGAAGAGACUGUGUAUUCUAAGAAUGACAUUGAGGUUGAAAACGAAGAUGGUGUGUCAAUCAUAUAUUACUUGCAAAAGAUCUUCCCUGAUGAAUGGAAUAACUUCAUGGAGCGACUUGAUUGUAAGAAAGAUAGUGAGAUAUGGGAAAAAGAUGAGAAUAUAUUACAGCUACGUCACUGGGCCUCAUUAAGAGGACAAACUCUUUGCAGGACAGUUAGGGGAAUGAUGUACUACCGGAGGGCGUUAAAGCUCCAGGCAUUUCUUGAUAUGGCUAGCGAAAAAGAGAUCCUCAAGGGAUAUAAAGCUAUUACACUUCCAUCUGAGGAAGACAAAAAAAGUCAGAGAUCCCUAUAUGCGAAUUUAGAGGCAAUGGCUGACAUGAAAUUCACAUAUGUUGCUACCUGUCAGAACUAUGGGAAUCAGAAACGUAGCGGAGACCGCCGUGCAACAGAUAUCUUGAAUUUGAUGGUUAACAAUCCCUCACUUCGUGUUGCAUACAUUGAUGAAAUUGAAGAAAGAGAAGGUGGAAAAGUACAGAAAGUUUAUUAUUCUGUAUUGGUCAAAGCCGUGGACAAUCUUGACCAAGAAAUAUUUCGAAUAAAACUUCCGGGUCCAGCAAAGUUAGGAGAAGGGAAGCCUGAAAACCAAAAUCAUGCCAUUAUUUUUACUAGAGGGGAAGCUCUUCAAACUAUUGACAUGAACCAGGACAAUUACUUGGAAGAAGCUUUAAAAAUGCGUAACCUUCUGGAAGAAUUUAAUGAGGAUCAUGGAGUGCGCCCGCCUAGCAUAUUAGGUGUUCGUGAGCAUAUCUUUACUGGCAGUGUCUCUUCUUUGGCUUGGUUUAUGUCAAAUCAAGAAACUAGCUUUGUCACAAUUGGUCAAAGAGUUCUUGCAAGACCCCUAAAGGUUCGAUUUCACUAUGGUCAUCCGGAUGUUUUUGAUAGAAUUUUCCAUUUGACCCGCGGAGGAAUCAGCAAGGCUUCCUGUGGCAUCAAUCUGAGCGAGGAUAUAUUUGCUGGAUUCAACUCAACACUAAGACGUGGGAAUAUUACUCAUCAUGAAUAUAUCCAAGUUGGAAAGGGUAGGGAUGUUGGGCUCAAUCAAAUCUCUCUUUUUGAAGCUAAAGUGGCCUGUGGUAAUGGAGAGCAGAUACUAAGCAGGGAUAUCUACCGGUUGGGGCAUCGAUUUGACUUUUUCCGCAUGCUAUCAUUUUAUUUUACAACCGUUGGAUUUUAUAUCAGCUCAAUGUCAGUGGUCUUCACGGUUUAUGCUUUCUUAUAUGGAAAACUUUAUUUGUCACUGAGUGGAGUUGAGGCUGCUAUAGUCAAGUUAGCUAGAAGGAAGGGAGACGAUCCUUUGAAGGCAGCAAUGGCUUCGCAAUCCCUUGUUCAAAUUGGUCUUCUGAUGACUCUGCCCAUGGCCAUGGAAAUUGGACUAGAGAGAGGGUUCAGAACUGCUUUAGGUGAUCUCAUAAUAAUGCAGCUGCAGCUUGCACCCGUUUUUUUCACUUUCUCACUAGGGACAAAGAUGCACUAUUUUGGGCGCACUCUUUUGCAUGGAGGGGCAAAGUACAGAGCAACUGGGCGUGGUUUUGUAGUUCGUCAUGAGAAGUUUGCAGAAAAUUACAGGAUGUACUCCAGGAGUCACUUUGUAAAGGGGAUAGAGUUAGCUUUACUGCUUAUAUGUUAUAGGAUCUAUGGAUCAGCAACUCCUAAUUCAACAACAUAUAUACUUCUCUCGAGCUCAAUGUGGUUUAUGGUGUGUUCUUGGUUGUUUAGUCCUUUCCUUUUUAAUCCAUCAGGGUUCGAGUGGCAGAAGAUAUACGAGGAUUGGGAUGAUUGGACAAAAUGGAUAAAUAGCCGAGGGGGUAUUGGUGUUCCUUCAAACAAGAGCUGGGAAUCAUGGUGGGAUGAGGAACAGGAGCAUCUGCAAUACACUGGAAUGUGGGGGCUGAUUUGCGAGAUAGUUCUUGUCCUUCGUUUCUUUGUGUAUCAGUAUGGGAUUGUGUAUCAUCUACAUGUAGCCAGAGGUCACCAGAGCAUCAUGGUUUAUGGGCUGUCCUGGCUAGUCAUAGUAGCUGUCAUGAUCAUCUUGAAGAUUGUCUCCAUGGGUAGAAAGACUUUUAGUGCUGAUUUUCAGCUUAUGUUUCGGCUCCUCAAAUUGUUUCUGUUUAUUGGAGCUGUUGUCAUUCUAGUCUUGAUGUUUACUCUACUUAGUUUUACAUUUGGAGACAUCUUUGCGAGUCUUCUAGCCUUUUUUCCUACAGGGUGGGCAAUUGUACAGAUAGCUCAAGCAUGUAGGCCGUUAGUAAAGGGCAUUGGAAUGUGGGGGUCUGUCAAAGCUUUAUCAAGAGGGUAUGAAUACAUUAUGGGUGUGGUUAUCUUUGCACCAGUGGCCAUAUUAGCUUGGUUCCCAUUUGUUUCGGAAUUCCAAACUAGACUUCUAUACAACCAAGCAUUCAGCAGAGGGCUUCAAAUCCAGCGGAUUCUGGCUGGUGGAAAGAAGAAUAAAUAAGACAACUGAAUCAUUUGCAGCAAUGCUGUUACAGACAGAAGAUGAGAUGAGUUCUGCUUAUUGUGAUUCUGUGCAGACUGCGUUGUGAGACUGUAGAAGAAUUCUUCGAUCUUGCGUUGGAAAAAUUCUUGAAUAUUGGAGAGACGGUGAACUGGAUACUAUCCAGAAAACAAAGCGUGCUAAACUACUAUUGACCGUGUUUGGAUCAUUUUUGCGACAAAUGACUAAAUCAAUAGUCUUGGUUCUUUUUUUUGGUUGAACAUCUGUUUCUUAUUUUAGGAUACAAAAUUAAUAUUUAGGAUAGGAAUUACAAGAUUAUUGGUUUGAGAGGCAUUGGCAUAUUUUGACCAAAAGGAGAGAGGGGCACUGGUUCCCCAGUAGAAGAAUUGUGUUUGAAUAGAUGUAAAUCUGUAUCUAGUGGUUCUCAAUCAUUCUUAUUCUCUCUACUCUAAUGCCAAAGAAUUGAAUGUAAAUAUUUGUAAAGUUUUGUGUAAUAACCUCCUUUUGGCAAA